AUGGCUUUUCAGCCUGUACGGGUCCCCCCGCGUCCCAAGCAAUCUAAAUUCAAAGUAGCAGUCGACGAAAAUGCCGUUGUUGCUGCCCCGACGCGUUCAAAGCUCGUCAACACGGGAUCGACCAAGGCCAUCAUCGAGAGAACGAAGGCUGGACUUCCCCCAGCGACGCGUCAAGUUUUAGCAGCUCGUUCUGCUCUAGGAGAGAUUCAUAACGUUCGCAAAAAGACUCUCCCAUCAAAAACUAAAGAGAAUGUCGUUGCUACGAAGCCUGUCGACUCAAAGCAAGCUCCUGCAGGUCUCAAACGAAGACGAUCCCCCUCCCUCCACGCCGCGACGUCGCGUCCGGUCCGACUUCCUCAACCACCAACAGCAGCAACAGCUGCGACUAUUAGCAGUUCGAGAAAGGCUGUCGCAGUCGCGACAACAAAGGCGGCAACCACAACCACAGUUCGGUCCACGGGUGCAACAACAGACUCGGAUGCACCUCCACGACGACUUGGUCGCAUGCUCCAAGCCAUGCAGUCGCGUCGUCAAAGUCAAGUCAUUCCCUCAUCCAGCCAAUCCAUUCCUUCCUCUUCCGGUGCGACAAUUCCAAGCGAUGGUGCAUCCACCGUCGUCCUCUCUUCCCGUCCACCGUCCCCCGCCGCAACAUCGGAUGUCGUUGUUGCAGAGACAGACGAUGAAGAUGAGACAGCCAAGCUCCCUGCCGCCACUGUCGCCCCUACGCCUCCCAAGGCAACUCUGGCUACCUCUGAACCGUCACCGAAAGCCAGUCCCACACCGGAGUCGCCUCGACCAGAGAGCUUGUUCGAGCUCAUGUCAGAAGGUGACUGGUUGUUCGUUCCGCCAGCCAAGCGUUUGGAGUAUCAAAAAGAGUUGGAACGGGUGGCCAGUAGUUUUAAAGAUGAAGCAGAGUUUGAGGAUCCGACCAUGGUGGCCGAAUAUGCGGAUGAGAUUUUCGAGUAUAUGUCGAAACUCGAGGAGGAGUGCAUGCCAAUGCCAAAGUACAUGGCCGGGCAACAGGAGAUCACAUGGGCUAUGAGAGCAACGCUGGUUGACUGGCUACUCCAGGUCCAUCUCCGAUAUCACAUGUUGCCGGAGACGCUUUGGAUCGCCGUCAACAUCCUAGACCGCUUUCUCUCCAAGCGCGUCGUUUCUGUCAUGAAGCUGCAGCUUGUGGGAGUGACCGCAAUCUUCAUUGCUGCCAAAUAUGAGGAGAUUGUUGCCCCAGGGGUGGAUGAGUAUGUCAAGAUGACAGAAGGCGGCUAUAAGCGCGACGAAAUCCUAAAGGGAGAAAAGAUUAUUCUCCAGACCAUUGAUUUCCGGGUCUCCACCUACUGUUCGCCAUACUCGUGGGUCCGAAAGAUUUCCAAGGCCGACGACUAUAAUCUUCAAACAAGAACGCUCUGCAAAUUCUUGAUGGAAUUGACGCUACUCGAUCAUCGCUUCUUGCGAGUAAAGCCAAGUCUCAUCGCGGCGAUUGGAAUGUACAGUGCGCGAAAGAUGCUCGGAAACGACUGGGACGAUGCGUUUGUCUUCUACUCGGGGCGAGUGGAAGAAGAGUUAAUGAUGGGUCAUGAGUUCAUCGUAGAGGCUCUGGUGCAGCCCGACUUUCAAAGCCAGUACAUUUACAAAAAGUACACCAGCCGACGGUUCCUUCAGGCGUCAGUGUACGCUUGCUCGUGGGCGCAAGAGAACUACAAACCAGCUCAGCGGAGUCGAGCACAAGACAAGAAUCCAAGAUUGGAGGCCCGAUGA